UUUUGGAAAAACUCGAGAAUCGAAGGUUGUCUAAGCAACUAUACAUAUACAUAUAUUCCAAGCCAUAAAAGGAUAUACAAUUAAGAUGACUGACCAAGAUUAUCUGAAACUUCUCAAUGCAAAAAAGUUUUCUGAUUGCCGCAUUCAGGUGGAGCCAUACACUCAUUAUUGCCACAAAAUUAUUCUGGCUGGUAUAUCAGAAUUUUUCGAAGGAUUGCUCCUGAAAAGCCCAAAUUUAGAAAAUGGCGCAUAUUUGUUGAACGACGUUAGUACGGAAACUUUUUGUAAGUUUAUUCGUUAUGCCUAUACCAAGAACGUAAAGGAUUUUGAUAAGUAUUCAGACUCCACGAUAAUGGAGCUCUUCGAGUGCGGAUCCAAAUGGCUCGUAAAACAACUUGCCUCAGUCUGUAUGGAACUCCUCAAGAAGCGCGCUGAAAGUAUGGCGUGUGAUGGUCUUCUCAACCUUUUUGAGUUCUCAGUCAAACUUAACAAUAAUGACCUCUUGGUUGAGUCAAAAUAUAAUUUGAUAGAACGCUUUCCAGCUUCGUUGAAUUGCUACGAUGCUCUCUGUAUGGACUCAAAAGCCUUUGAAUAUUACUUCAAAGCUAUUCAAGGAGCCUUGCCAGAAGUCGAACGGUUCAGGAUGGUUCAAUCUUACACCGAAAAAACCGAAAAUUCGGAUGGGGGUGGCGACGAGAAAUGUGAAGAAUAA